AUGGACGAAACUUCAACAACCAACAUGAGGAAAACAAUGAUAGGUGAGCUCAUUAGAGGUAGAGAUUGUACAUCAAAGCUUCUAAAUCAACUUAACCGAAGAAUUGUUGAUGGUGGGCCGGAAUCAACUGAAGAUCUCGUGAUGAAAGUAAUAAGAUCUUUCUCUAACAGCCUUUCGACGUUUAGUUCUCCAGCGACUACUGCCUAUGUGGGAUCGGCUUGUAUAGACGACCGGACACGGAAAUCAGAUCAAGGGGAGAAGAAACCCGCGCUCACAACGGUGAAGGACCGUAGAGGAUGUUACAAGCGAAAGACCGAAGAUUCAAGGGUUGAGAUUGCAAAAACAUAUGAAGAUGGAUAUGUAUGGAGGAAAUACGGACAGAAAGAGAUCCUCCAUGCAAAAUUUCCAAGGUGCUAUUAUAGAUGUACACAUAAAGACGAAGGAUGCAAAGCAUUGAGACAAGUUCAACAACUAGAAGAAUAUGGAUCAGAAAAGUAUCGUAUCACAUAUAUCGGGUCUCACACGUGUCAAAACAUGAACAAAAACACACAAAUGUUCUUAGCCCCAGAGGAUCAUAGUUUCUUUCUUAUUAAUUUUGAGGACUCCGGAAUUAAACAUACACCAAGUAGCUUCUCAAAUAUCACAAAUGGCCAUACCAUGCCCUCAAAUAAGCAACAAGAUGAUUCAAAAGCCCAAAGCAGUUAUUAUCUUGCCUCUAGUAGUCAAGGCACAUCAUCUAAUUUUGGCUCGGAGGACAUGAUUACCGAUUUGGAAUUAUCCUAUGAUGAUAUUUUCAAGGAUGAUGACUUAUGUGCCGAACGCGGUAAUUAUCUUGCCUCUAGUAGUCAAGGCGCAUCAUCGAACUACAUGUGGGAGGACAUGAUUACCGAUUUGGAGCUAUCUUAUGAUGAUAUUUUUUAA